UGAGCAUCAGAAGCACAACAGCGGAUAACUACACAAUCCAUUUUGAUUGUUUAAUAAAGAAAAAGUAAUAAAAAAUGUCAGCUGAAUCUAAGAUCGAUACAAUCGCCGGUAAAGUUCCCGACUGGGUGCAGCCUGAGUCAUUUGUGGAUGUUCUAAAGGAAUCAGUCAAGGGAUUCUCCAAAAUCAAGAGCUUCAAGGCAAACAGCGGAGUAGGAGCUGGCGAGAACUAUUCGACGGUUAUGCUACGCUUGAACAUAGAUGUCGAGCUGGAGGAUGGCACCGAGAAGUCUGUAUCCUACAUGCUGAAGGUGCCACACCAAUCGGAAAUGUUCCAGAUGAUGAUGCGGCAACAUAAUAUGUUUGAUAUUGAGCGCAAUAUGUACAAUAUCCAUGUGCCCGAAAUGGAGCAACUGUAUCGGGACGCUGGUGUACACAUCAAGUUCGGCGCUCAGGCCUAUGCGGUGAAGGGUGCCAAAACCGAGUAUAUACUGCUCGAGGAUCUGUCGCCUAGGGGAUUCAAGAACUUAAAUCGUGUGGAGGGUCUGGAUCAGAUGCACACUGAAGCUGCUCUGCAAAAGCUGGCCAUGUGGCAUGCCGCAUCCGCAGUGCGCGUGGCCACCAAGGGCGCCUAUCCCGAUCAGCUUAUGGUGGGCUUCUAUAAGGAGGAGAACAAAAUGAUGAUGGCCGAGAUAAACAAACAAAUGGCUACGAACUUUCUCAACAGCUGUGCCACCUACGAAGGCAGUGAAGAGUACUUGGAGCAAGUGCGAGCUCUACAGCCCAAGAUCACCGAUGAAGUCUUUAAAAGCUCCAAACUCGAUCCCAACGAGUUCAAUGCACUAAAUCAUGGUGACUUUUGGAGCAAUAACAUGAUGUUCUCCCACGAUUCUUUUGGCAAAAUCAAGGAGACCUGUCUUGUGGACUUCCAGCUACCGAAAUUCGGCUCUGUGGCACAGGAUUUGUAUUACUUUCUGCUGUCCUCGACCAAAUUCGAGGAUAAGCUUACUAAGUUCGAUUACUAUAUCAAGUUCUAUCAUGAAAGCCUUUCGGAAAAUCUUAAGCUACUGAAAUAUCCAAAAGUCCUGCCCAGACUAAGUGAUUUACACAUAUCCCUCUUCAAGCAUGGACUUUGGGGAUUCAUCACCGCAACGUCUGUUAUGAGUGGCAUUUUGCUGGAUCCCACAGAAUCAGCCAAUGCUGAGAACUUUCUCAGUGAUUCAGCUGAGGGCCUAGACUUCAAGAACCUCCUCUAUUCCAAUGCACGCUAUCGCAAGCAUAUCCAAGCGGUAAUGCCCUGGCUAUUCAACCGUGGGGCUCUGGAGAUAUAAAUAGUCACGUAAAACAAUUGUGAAUUCAAUACCAAAAUUUGUAAUCUUGAUUUCUGAUAUAUCUUAUCGAUAUUUGAUUACUUAAGCAAGUAUUAUUAACU